AAUAUCAUUUUCUAAGUGAAUGUUUAGCAACUAUAACUCACAACAAUCACAAUUUCCUGAGCAAUGGAGACGAGUUUACUAGUCACGGCGGUUUGUUUGUGUGCAUUAUUGAUCGCUACAAAAGUUGAAGCUGCAUCUGGUCAGAAAGCCCAUUUUGCAUGGCUAAGUAACGUCAAGAUUAGAUACUCGGGCCCGGUGAUCGAGUACGGCGCUAUAGAGAAGGGUGCAGUCCCUUGUGGUGGAGAAAAACCUUGCCCCAAGAUACCGGCGAACCCAUACGAGAGAGGAUGCUUGAGAAUUCUUCGUUGUCGUACUGAACACAAUCCGACCAAAGCAUCAUCUGUCAACGAGAAUACUGACGAGGAUGUUGAAAUGAAAGGUGACGACGUCGUCAGAAAAUACGACGACGACGACAAGCAUGUUAACGAAUGGGGGAACUACGGUGACCAACAACAUGUAAUUGAGAGGACCAAUAGCGACGAAAGGGUGUACAUGUACUUGAAGAAAGACACACGUAAACAUGACAACAAAAUGGGUAGAAAGCUUAUGGGGAAGAUGAUGAUGAUGAUGCGAGAAGAUCAUUAAUCACAAAUUCAUAUAGAGCUUAAGAAAUAAUAGGGCUAGGAGUGGUUUUUUAUUUUUUAUUUUAGAUACUUAGAGUAAAAUAAAUAUUUCAUG